AUGGCUUCAACAACAACAGAUGAUAUUGAGAAGAAUGGGAAAGGGCUGUCGGUUGGGCAACAAAUAGUGAACAAAGGUGCUGAAAUGUUGCAAUCCUUUAAACCCAUAAAUCAGAUGAGUCAACAUACUUGUACUUUUGCCUUGUAUAGCCAUGACAUGUCUCGCCAAAUUGAGACGCACCACUUUGUCACAAGGCUUAACCAAGACUUCCUUCAGUCUGCUGUUUAUGAUUCCGACUACUCGAAUGGACGUCUCAUUGGAGUAGAAUACAUAGUUUCGGAUACCAUCUUUGAAAAACUGCCACCUGAAGAGCAAAAACUCUGGCACUCCCAUGCCUACGAGGUAAAAUCUGGGCUUUGGGUGCACCCACGAAUGCCAGACAUGGUUGUCAUGCCCGAGCUGAAAAACAUAGCCAAAACUUAUGGCAAGUUUUGGUGCACUUGGCAAACCGAUAGAGGUGAUCAGCUUCCAUUAGGGCCGCCAUCGUUGAUGAUGUCCCCACAAGCGGAAGGGGAAGGAGUGGUGAACCCGGAGUUGGUUAAGAAGAGAGAUGACAAGUAUAAUGUGUCAAAAGAUGAUUCGAUGAAAUCGAGGAUCGAGAUUCCCGAGCCAGAGUGGAUCAACCCGAUUGCUGAUAACUGGAGACAACAUAAGAAAUGUUUUCAAGUGGAUGUAGAAAGCACGGAGAUGAAGAAACUGACUGAUUUCCCAUGA